CCCAGCUCGGCUGGGCUGCUAACAAUGCUUCCCAUUCAGCUCUGUCCCGGCUGCCAAGCCCAUGGGCAAAGGGGGGUGGGUACUGCCGGUGGCCAGGCAAGGACUGUCCCUGGUCUUUCCCUUGUGCGGGGCCUCCAGACAAGGCUGGCAGUUCCAGUCGGCAUGGAGAGGCCCCAGAGCUCCACCUGGGUCUUCACGCUGUUGCUGCUCAUGGUGUUGCUCCCAAGCCCAGCCUGGCACGUAGCAGCCCAGCGAUGCCCACAGACCUGUGUCUGUGACAACUCUAGACGGCAUGUUACCUGCAGGCACCAGAACCUCACUGAGGUGCCAAACGCCAUCCCUGAGCUGACCCAGAAGCUGGACCUCCAGGGCAAUAUACUGAAGGUCCUCCCUGCAGCUGCCUUCCAGGACCUGCCCCACCUCACGCAUCUGGACCUGCGGCACUGUCAAGUGGAGCUGGUGGCCGAGGGCGCCUUCCGUGGCCUGGGCCGCCUGCUCCUUCUCAACCUGGCUUCCAACCGCCUGAGCACCCUGCCCCAGGAGGCGCUGGACGGGCUGGGCUCGCUGAGGCGCCUGGAGCUGGAGGGGAACAUGUUGGAGGAGCUACGCCCGGGGACCUUCGGCGCCCUGGGCUCGCUGGCCACUCUCAACUUGGCCCACAACGCCCUGGUCUACCUGCCCGCCAUGGCCUUCCAGGGGCUGCUGCGUGCCCGCUGGCUGCAGCUGUCUCAUAACGCGCUCAGCGUCCUGGCCCCCGAGGCUCUGGCCGGCCUGCCGGCGCUGCGCCGUCUCAGCCUGCACCACAACGAGCUGCAGGCCCUGCCCGGGGCCGCCCUGUCCCAGGCCCGCAGCCUGGCGCGGCUGGAGCUGGGUCACAACCCGCUCACCUACACGGGAGAGGAGGACGGCCUGGCGCUGCCCGGCCUGCGGGAGCUCGCCCUGGACCACGGGUCCCUGCAGGCCCUGGGGCCCCGGGCCUUCGCCCACUGCCCGCGCCUGCACACCCUCGACCUCCGCGGGAACCAGCUCACCACCCUGCCCCCGCUGCAGGUCCCCGGCCAGCUGCGCCGCCUGCGGCUGCAGGGCAACCCGCUGUGGUGCGCCUGCCACGCGCGGCCCCUGCUCGAGUGGCUGGUGCGCGCGCGGGUGCGCUCGGAUGGCGCGUGCCGGGGCCCGCGGCGCCUGCGAGGUGAGGCCCUGGAUACGCUGCGGCCCUCGGACCUGCGCUGCCCGGGCGACGCGGCGGCGGAGGACGGGGACGAGGACGAGGACCGACCGGCCGGUCCCCGCGCUCCUCCUCUUCGCUCCCCGCACGGAGAGGCCGCGUGGGGCACGCCCUGCCCUCCGGCCUGCGCGUGCGUCGCCGAGACCCGGCACAGCACUUGCGACGGCCGCGGCCUGCAGGCUGUGCCCCGCGGCUUCCCCAACGACACCCAGCUCCUGGACCUGAGGCGCAACCACUUCCCCUCGGUGCCCCGCUCGGCCUUCCCGGGCUUGCGCCACUUGGUGUCGCUGCACCUACAGCACUGCGGCGUCGCGGAGCUGGAGCCCGGCGCCUUGGCGGGCCUGGACCGCCUGCUCUAUCUCUACCUCUCCCACAACCAGCUCUCCGGCCUGAGCGCCGCCGCCCUCGAAGGGGCCCCCAACCUGGGCUACCUGUACCUGGAGCACAACCGCUUCCUGAGGAUCCCGGGGACCUCUCUGCGGGCCCUACCCGCCCUCGUCUCGCUACACCUCCAGGACAACGCGGUGGACCGCCUGGCGCCCGGGGAUCUGGCAGGAGCGCGGGCUUUGCGCUGCCUUUACCUGAGUGGCAAUCACAUCACCCAGGUGUCACCCGGGGCGCUCGGUCCAGCGCGGGAGCUGGAGAAGCUGCACCUCGACAGGAAUCGGCUGCGAGAGGUGCCGACGGGAGCCUUGGAGGGGCUGCCGGCGCUCAAGGAGCUGCAGCUCUCGGGGAACCCGCUCCGGGCUCUGCCAGACGGCGCCUUUCAGCCCGUGGGGCGGUCGCUGCAGCAGCUCUUCCUGAAUAGCAGUGAUCUGGAGCAGAUUUCUCCCAGGGCCUUCUCAGGCCUGGGCAAAGGGCUGAGGAGCUUGUACCUGCACAAGAACCAACUUCAGUCCCUGCCUGCCCCGCUGGGGCUCAGCGGGCUGGAGCUCGUCGACCUCAGCGGUAAUCCUUUCCACUGUGACUGCCAGCUGCUCCCGCUGCACAGGUGGCUCACUGGGCUGAACCUGCGGGUGGGUGCCACCUGUGCUACCCCUCCCAGUGUCCGUGGCCAGAAGGUGAAGGUUGUAGCUCCUGUCUUUGAAGCCUGCCCAGGCUGGACUGCCAGGAAGGCCAAGAGGACACCAACCUCCAGGGGCAGUGCCAGGAGAACUCCCACCCACAGCCGACAUUGAGGAACAGACAAGGUAGAGAAACAAAGAGACCACAUCUGAGAGUGGAGCAGCUUGCCCCUGACCGGCUGACCCUACCCAGCCCACCGGCUCUUACUGUC